CCCCCUUAAUUCAUCCCCUGCUUUUCAAAAUAACAAAGAUUCAACGAAGAAGAUGUGUCCCAUGAGGUUUCUCUUGGUGUUUUUCUCGGCCAUUUUAGCCGGUUAUAUCGCCUGGAAGUCAGUCCGAACCUCUUCCGAACCCCACGAUAUGGUUUUCGAUGACGAUUCCUCCACCGACAAACAACAAUCUAAUACCAUCAUCAAGAUGGCUCAGAAUGGAUUCUGGGGAUUUGUUGAUAUGGCCAGUGGAAAGUACCUAUGGAGGAACCUAACCCAGAUCAAGGAAGAUGGAAAAGUCAAGAGUUCUUAGAAUCCUUGGGUUAGAGUCAAACCCCCAGUUUUCAUGUAUUCAGAAAGUCAACCCACUUUCAUCUUUUCUAUUCUGUAUCAUCAAUGUAUAAAAUCUUAUUAUUCUUCAUAUUUAUGUCACAAUAAUGUUAAAACUCGACCACAAAGGGGUGUGGCGUAGUGGUUGAGGCAUAGGGGGAUGUGGUGGAAUAUCCCAUCUGCCCUUGGUUUAAUUACAGGCGUCCACACCAAUUGUGUUCAAUGAGUUUAUCACUGGGUUUAUC